UAAACGAGAACAACAAUCCCACCAAAAUCAACAACAACGUUUACCAUUAAGAGCAUUUAAGAAAAUUGGACGUGUUGGAACUCUUCCAGCUAUGGCACAUUCUAGUGCUCCACAUGCUGGGUUGCAAAUGGCUAUUAGUGGAAAUGAACAAACACAACAACCACAACCAACACCAAAUUCAGCAUUAAGUAGUAGCCGUGCAGCAGCAGCUGCUGUAUUUCAUCAACGUUGGGGUGUAGGGAAUAGUGCUAACCGUAGAGGAAGUCAUUUAAUUGGAGGGUGGGACAGUGCGAGGCCGCAUUCUGCUGCUCGACAACAACAACAAAUGCUUGAAAGAUUAUAUACAAAAGGGGAAUUAAAAGUAGGUAAUUGGGAAAAAUUUAAAAAAUUAAUAAAAAUUAGCAAAAUUUUCCGACAGACAAAAUCUUAUUUAAAAUAUUUUUGUAAUCCAAAUUCUUUGAAAAGAUCACAAAAAUUUAUUUUUAAUUUAAAAGGAAUAUCAACAAUUAUUUAAA